CGGAUGGUUGUACCAUUUUUUGAGUAUAUUUCUCUGUUUCGACGCACUUUGCAGGAAUGUUGAGCAUGCACUUCCUCGCUUCUGACGUCAUAAAGCAAGAUGGCUGUGAUGAGAUCCAGUAGCCAGGAGCCUUGAAGACGUCUCACUUUUUCAGACAUCCUUUCAGGCGUCUUUUGAGACAUCUUUAGGCGGCUCCUGUCGAAAGAGGACCCGAUCGCGACGGUAAGCGCUUUCACCCGUGGCAUUUAGCUGACUUGCGUUAGAAAGAUCGCGCGGGAUGAUUCCGCGUCCGACGAUGGCCAAGAGAGCGGCUGCGAAUUGAGGCGGAAUCGAACGCGUUUAGCAAAUCCGCGUGGGCGUGGUGUCUAUCGAGCACCUUGAAAAAUAAUCGGAAUCACGCCGCGUGGGCGAAAUUCGAAGGGGGGCCGAAGGUCUCGGAUGGUGGGGUCGGACCUCGUCUCCUCGUCUUCAUCAUCUGCGUGGCCGCGGCUGGCUCGCUUAGUCCUUUCCGCAUCACCACUGGGGACGAGCUCGCCCGCGUUCGCCAAGGUAGACUGAGAGACGACUUCAAGAUGCUCCUCCGCCCGCAAGCUGCAGUCUUGCUCCUGCCUCUGCUCGCCGUGUUGGUCAACGGCAGCCAGUACAUCCACUCGCGAGUAGUCACCUCUGGCAGCUGCGACAGUUAUACAUGCGGAACCAACGCGAGAUGUACCUUGAGCGAAGGACGACCGGUGUGCUCAUGCCUGAACCUACAUAUGGGAGACCCACUUUCGCGCUGUGUGCGCGUCGAAUGUUUAAUCAACGACGACUGCCCAUACAGUAAGGUGUGCACAAACAACAGGUGCAUCGAUCCCUGCGUGGGUCUGUGCGGCGUGAACGCGAACUGCAACACCAGGAACCACAUAGGCACCUGCGUGUGUCUACCGGGACACGUCGGCGAUCCGUUCACGGGCUGCCACGUCGCGGACCCUCAAGCCGCCUGCAAGCCGAGCCCAUGCGGGGAGAACACCCAGUGCGAGGUGGUGAACGAGGUGCCGGUCUGCACUUGUCUGCCGGGCUACAGAGGCUCGCCCUUGGCCGGCUGUCGUCACGAGUGCGAGAGCGACAGCGAGUGCCCUCAUCACCUCGCCUGCUCGUCGUCGUACAAGUGCGAGAACCCCUGCAAGUGCGGCGAGAGCGCCGAGUGCGAGGUCGUCAAUCACCAAGCCAAAUGUACCUGUCCGAAGACCUGGCUGGGAAACCCGUACAUCUCAUGCCGGCCCGAGUGCACCGCCCACUCCGACUGCUCGGCGGGCAAACCCGCUUGCCUCUAUCAGAAAUGCAUGAAUCCCUGUGAUGGUGUUUGCGGAGUGAACGCCGACUGCAACCUACGCGGCAUCACGCCCGUUUGCAGUUGCCCGAGGCACAUGACCGGCAAUCCCUUCGUCAGCUGCAGACUGUUCGAGCCGCGUGACCUCUGCGAGCCCAAUCCCUGCGGCUCGAACGCGAUCUGCACGCCGGGCCACGACAACACCGGCAAGGAGCGGCCGGUGUGCACGUGUCCCACCGGCUACAUCGGCAACGCCCUGACGAGCUGCCAGCGCGGUGAGUGCUUCACCGACAGCGAGUGCCCCGACAACCGCGCGUGCAUCGACUUCACCUGCAGGAACCCGUGCACCGGCCGCGAGUGCAGCCCGAACGCCACGUGCACGCCCCGCCGCCACAUCGCGGUCUGCACGUGCCCGGACGGCACGAGGGGCGACGCCCUAUACUCCUGCAACUCCAUCGAGAGCACGUCCGUGUACAAUUACGGCCGUGCCUACCGUUACCGCUACUAGUCAUCGAAAAGCAAGCUGCGCUCUCUCCAAACGCUCCUCCCGGCGAAGGCGUCUAAUUGCGUCAAUUCAUCAUCGGAGGCUCCCCCUGUGCCUGUUCUGUGACUUCUCAUCAACGGCGACGUCAUCAGCACGGUGUACUGUCGCGCGCUUCUGCUGCCAUAUGUCACACCUGCGCAACGACAAUGUAGCGAGAACGACUUGCUUAAAGCUUGCUUAAAAUGCCGUCAAGAGUUGUAGGAAGCUUGAUUGGUACCCACCUCAGAACCACAGCGUUGAUUCGACGUCGAUGAGGGUUGAAUUAAUGUCGAUUCAACGGUUCAUCGACCGAUUUCAACGUCAAAUCAACAUUGUGAUUCUGACUGGGUAACGUCAGCAACGAGAAAAAGCGCAUGCUUGAAAUUCCCAAGUACAGGGAGGUAUUUGUAUGAAAGAAUACUCAAGGUCGCUACAGCAUAUUUGUCGAGUGCUCUGAACACUUCUAUACUUCUCCACUCAAAGUCAAUCAACAGCCUAAAACGACUAAUAUCAAGAUGGUCGCACUGGUGGUCGAUUGUGCUGCGCGCGUGACUAGCCGUCGUUUUACAGUCAUUUUAUGUUUGUCGAUUGGCUAUCAAGGGAGGAGCAUUUGACAAGUACGCACCAGCAAUUUGAGACAUUCUUUCACACAAAUAUCUUUUUCUUUAGAAAUGGCACGCGAGAAUGUUCAGCGUGUCGUUUCUCGCCUCUGUCUCGUCACUGCCUGAUACGUUCGCGGCGAGCAACCAGGAAUCUUAAUUUACGCAUCGUCAGGGUCUACAGGAGUGUCUGCAGAGAUCUCUCGUGGAGACACGCGAAAUAAGCAAAAGCACUUCCCGUUUAAUACGGGAAAAAUCGUCUCAUAAUUACGAUAGAGGUAGGAGGGCAAAAUCGCGGGAGUUCUCAAUAAGCACUUUAGAGAUCUUGCUGUAUUUUGUAGAGGGUCAUAAAUUUAGCAAAAUCUAAACCAGGCAUUUUUUGCGAAGUUUAGAAUCGCACUCGCAUUAGUACUCGUCGAGACGAGUAAGACGAGUAACACCUCCCUCGAUUUUUUCCUCCUACCGGAAGCGACCGAAAAACAUGGUUUCUUGUCUCGAGAAAAACUUUUCACUAAUUUUGAAGUACCUUCCGGUGGGAGGGAAAAACUUUUCGCCGAAAUUAAAUUAAAUAAAAACUGAGUGAUUUUCCUUCGCAACGCUACAUCGGUCUUCUGAUCCUCGCGUUCCCGAAGUAUCACCGAUCUCUCACGCAAAAUAUGUCGUGCUCUUGUGGGCUGCGACUAGUCGCCGAUCUCGUUUGUGUUCUCGAUCAUGUAAUGUUAAUAAUAGA